GGCCUCGAGGCGCCGCCCUCUCUCUACGGCGAAGCUUCGUCCGGAAUACAAACCUCGCUCGACACACUACCAGAGUACGACGAGGAGAUGGGCUCGCCCUCCAACCCGGUGAUGCAGCUGAAGCCGCAUGCGCUAGCACCCGAGCCGGGACCACUGGAAGGCGAGGCGGUUGCCGGGUCGCUCGACCUCACGACGGGUCAGUUUUACCAUAGCCAGGAGCAUCCGCGGUUGCGGACCGCCCAGGCUUGCGACAAGUGCCGCAUGCGCAAAGCGAAGUGUUCCGGGGAGAGCCCGUGCAAGCGCUGCGUCGUGCGCGGCCUUGUCUGCGAGUACAUCGGCGAGCGCAAGGUGCGGGGGUCCGUUAAGAACAGGAGUCGUCGCGGAAGCGUGCGCGAUCGAUCCGCGUCCGACGCCUCCACCGUCUCCACUGCAUCCACCUCGGCCACCUCCGACGACCCCGUCCCGUCGUCGCCCGACAUGAGCGCCUUCUCCGACCUUGCGCAGGACAUGUCCUCGCUCAGCGCAUUCGAGAAGCCGCGGUCGAUGUCGCUUCACAUCGGGAUGGAGUCGACGAUCUACCAUCGUCGCCGGAGCACGGCGUCGGACGCAUCGGACAGUGGCAGUUGCUCGUCGUCAGAGGGUAUCAGCGGCGGAUUCUUGUCGCUUCCUGACGCUAACGCGAGCACGCUCCUAUCGAGGAGACGCGCGCAGAGCCUAAGCUCGCCGAUAUUAACACCGCGGCCGAUGCAUGCCGCCGCCCGCUCCGCAGGGACCAUGCCGCCCAGCCCGCUCGGUCAAUGGACGCCCAUGACUCUCGCGUACCCGGAGUCGCAGGACUUUAGGUUCGGCAACCCCCCGCUCUUGCAUGGAAAUUAUCUCGAGGAGGUCACUCCUCGAGUCGAUCAGGCUCAGCAAGCGUGGAUCGAAACGAGCGCGGUCAAUCCCUUCCCCGAGUACUAAAUACGGUCUUUGAUCUUUUCUGCCAGUUGUGUUCCACACACUUUGUUUGCUGGAUUCCUACGGUAGCGCGAUAGUGCGCGUCCGUCGAUUU